AUGCUUAACACGCAUAACGUCCCCAGUUCGAUCCUGGGCAGAAUCAUCAUUUUUACUCACUUUAGCUUACAUUUUUUUUUUUGCUCAAUUUUCAUUGGAGUUGUGAUAAAAACGCUGACAAAGUACUCAAACAAGUUGAAUUACAUAUGA